AUGGCGCCCGACGCAGCAUUCUCCAAUAUAAGUGACAAAAACGAAUUCACAAAGUUCACAAAAUUCUUAGCGUAUAAAGGCGUUCAAGUUAUAGUUGAAUCAAGGAAAGGGGUUAAAAUAGAACCGAAUAGUAAACCACAAUCGUCAGAUACAGAUUGGUUCAAUCUCCAAAUACCCGACACUCCAGAAGUUAACCAAGCAACGAAGAAUGCUCUUCCAUCAGACAGAAUCCUUGAAACUAUCAGAUCACAACUUCACGUUGAAAUAUCAGUUCAGACGGAGGAUGGAGAUGAGAUGGUCCUUGAAUUAUGGACGUUAGAGUUAGAUGAGAGUCAGUUUGAUACCUCCUUGAAAGCCAUGAACACGGUAUACUUCCGAAUGGGGCUUUUACUCAAGUCUUUAAUCACAGUAACGAGAAUUACCCCCGCAUACCAUCUAUCAAGGAAACAGAGGACAGAAUCGUUUACCAUAUUCUAUAGAGUUUACAAUGGGGAACCCAAACCGAACGCCCUUGGCGAAUCUGUCAAGAAAAUACAAGCUGGGAUGUUGAAAACUCCUCUAGGAGCUAUAUGCUUCUCAGUUUCAUACAGAACCAACUUUUCUAUAUCCCCAAACCGAACUGAAAAAAACAACGUGUUGCUAUUAAAGAGUGAUCACUUUGAACUCAGUCCAAAACACGUGAUAUUUGAGUCGAAGAAGAAAAAAGAGCAAAAAAAGGAAACCAAAAACUUCGGACCUGUCGACCUAAAUAAGCCAUUACGAAUGGCAGCUUUUGCCGAUGAAGAUAUUGUCAUGCAGGUCUUUGACGAUUUCUUCACAAAGAUCCCGGUUCCAAAAUGUAGGAAGCGAUCUAAGGCUCAAAUCAAAAGUAGUGCUAUAGAAAUGCAAAGCACACGGGAUCUAGACCACACACCUAUUUCCAAAAGUCCAACCUCAAUGGAAAUGCCUCCGAAGAAGUUCUCAGGCUUCCGAAAUGAGAAUGAACCACCUCUUAAGCUCCUGCAUUUUCCUUUUGCCGAUGAUCAUCCAAUCAGGGAACUUGCAGAGUUUUAUAAGGACUUCUUCAACGCUCCACAUUUGAAAUUAGCUGACGAUCUUGCUAGAUCGAAAUCUAAGAGUCCUGAAUCGAUUAAAGAAAUGGAAUUAGCCAGUGAGGACUUAUCAAAGGACCUUGAAUUGUACGAGAACUCUGUGCUUGAAUUUGAUGAGUUGAUUGCUGAGAUGUGCAGAUCAUCUGAAUGGAGCGGGAAUUAG